ACUUGCGAGUGGGAAAAUUGCGUCGUGAAGCAAAAGCCCUUUCACAAGCAUCAUCAAGUCAUUCGCCAUAUGCGCACCCAUACUGGUGAAAAGCCUUUCGUGUGCAAUGUUGAUGGCUGUGGAAAGAAGUUUGCACGAUCGGACUCGCUUUUGGAGCAUUCUCGUAAGCACAAUGGUACACCUGCGGAU